AAGACCUAGUUGACCCUUAUCUCCAAGCCACCAUCAAUGUCCACUCGAUUGGGAAAAACCAGCUUAUUCUUCUUCUUCAUCAUCGUCUUCCUGGUCUUGCAUUUUGUGGGAGCUUCUGAGGCUCGCAAUCUUCAGCCACGCAUCAUCAUUCCUGAACAAAUCCAAAUAAACCAUAAUCAAAUUGAGGAAUAUGACCCACUCAAGGAGGAUGCCAAGUUAGCAUAUUUUGGUGACCUAGUCAAAGAUAAUGCCAGAUCGGCAUACUAUGCUUACUUGCAUACCAAGCGUCUAAACACAUUCGGCACCAAUUGGCAAUGGAGGAUUGAUGUCCUUUUGCUUCUUGCUAUUUUCUCUUUAUUCUUUACCGAUUUAUGUUUUAGGGUUUUCUUUUGCAUCGCAAGCAAAUAUUCUUCUAGGUUUUCUAAAUAUGUCUGA